AUGCAGUUGUCGUGGAAGGACAUUCCAACCGUGCCUACGGCCAACGACAUGUUGGAUAUCGUGCUCAAUAGAACCCAGAGAAAAACACCCACUGUGGUGAGACCUGGGUUCAAGAUCUCCCGUAUCAGGGCCUUCUACAUGAGAAAGGUGAAGUUCACCGCUGAGGGAUUCUCUGAGAAGUUCACGGACAUGUUGGCUGGUUUCCCAAACAUUAAUGACGUUCAUCCUUUCCACAGAGAUUUGAUGGACACUUUGUACGAGAAGAACCAUUACAAGGUGUCCUUGGCUGCCGUGUCCAAGGCUAAGACCUUGAUCGAGCAAGUCUCUAGAGAUUACAAUCGUCUUUUGAAGUUCGGUCAGUCGUUGUACCAAUGUAAGCAGUUGAAGAGAGCUGCUUUGGGUAGAAUGGCUACCAUCACCAAGAAGUUGAAGGACCCAUUGCAGUAUUUGGAGCAGGUCAGACAGCAUUUGGGUCGUUUGCCCUCUAUCGACCCCAACACCAGAACUCUUUUGAUCUGUGGUUACCCUAAUGUUGGUAAGUCUUCUUUCUUGAAGUGCAUCACCAAGGCUGAUGUCGAGGUCCAGCCUUACGCUUUUACGACCAAGUCCUUGUACGUUGGUCACUUUGACUACAAGUACUUGCGUUUCCAGGCCAUCGAUACUCCUGGUAUCUUGGACCGCCCAACGGAAGAAAUGAACAACAUUGAAAUGCAGUCCAUCUAUGCUAUUGCCCACUUGAGAUCUUGUGUCUUGUACUUCAUGGAUUUGUCCGAGCAGUGUGGUUUCUCAAUUGAAGCCCAGACCAAGUUGUUCCACUCCAUCAAGCCCUUGUUUGCCAACAAGUCUGUGAUGGUGGUGAUGAACAAGAGUGAUAUCAUCAGACAAGAGGACUUGCCAGCUGAGCAGCAGGAGCUUUUGAAGUCGAUCGCCGACAGCCCUGGCGUGGACAUCAUGAACACCUCGUGUUACGCCGAAGAGAAUGUGAUGCAGGUGAGAAACCAGGCGUGUGAGAAGUUGUUGACUGCUAGAAUCGAGCAGAAGUUGAAGGGCUCUGCUCGUGUGAACAACGUCUUGAACAAGAUUCAUGUGGCUAGACCACAGAUGCGUGAUGAGGAGGAAAGACCUGCUUUCAUUCCUGAAGGUGUACAGCACUUGACGAAAUACGACAGUGAUGAUCCAAACAGAAGAACGUUGGCUAGGGACGUCGAGGCCGACAACGGUGGUGCCGGUGUCUACAAUGUCAACCUCAAGGACUUUUACUUGUUGGACGACGAUGAGUGGAAGGCCGACACCAUGCCUGAAGUGUUGGACGGUAAGAACGUCUACGACUUCUUGGACCCAGAUAUUGCUGCCAAGUUGCAGGCUUUGGAGGAGGAAGAGGAGAGACUAGAUGCCGAAGGUUUCUACGACUCGGACUCUGAAAUCGAGGACGAGGAGAGUCUCGACAUCCAUGACAAGGCUGAAUGGAUCAGGAAUAAGCAUAAGGUGAUGAUCAAGGAAGCACGUACGAAGAAGGCUUUGAAGAACAAGUCGAUGAUGCCAAGAGAGCACAUCAAGAAGACUUACGGCGAGAUGGAGGAGCACAUGGCCUCUUUGGGUCACGACACACGCUCUUUGAAGCAGAGAGUCAAGAACAAGAAGACCAUCAGUGGUGUGGACAUCUUGAAGGCCAACCAGGGCCUCACGAAGCAAAAGAAGAAGGUGCAGAAGAAACAGGCGCCAGCUAACCAGAACGAUAGAUUGAGUGCCGGUGUUGCUGACGGAGCUUUGCGUUCGCAGGCCGAGAGAGUCGCCAAGUUGCAGAGAAGAGAGAGAAACCGCCAGGCAAGAUUGGGAGAGGCCGACAGACACACUGUUGCCUCGAUGCCCAAGCACUUGUUCUCGGGAAAGAGAGGCUUUUCUGCGGACCGUCGUUAA